UGUCAAUAUCUUCACAAGCAAACACAGUUUACCACACACAAUAAUGAACCUUAUCUGAGCAUUUAAUAAACGAUCAAUUGGUGGGCUGGCUGUCUACCAUGAUAUCAUUAUGCUGUUACAACCGAAUGCUUAUAAAAGGGUCGACAAUCAUGAUGAAGGACUACACGUUUUAAAACAGUCUACAUUUUUGUAGGAAAUGUUGCAUAAUUUUGGCAGUUUUGAAUGACACAAACCCUUUAAACAAAUAACACGUUUUAGUACAAGUUAAGAAAGGAAACGCACAGGUGCGGAUAAGCAUGGCGGAUUACAAGGACAUAAUUCGUAAGCCGGAAACCGUGAACUGGUUUAAGGCGGCUAUGGGUUUGAACAUCACAAGUGACUGCCUGCUCGUCAUUGUAAAGGGUAUUGCGCAGAUAUAUUAUGAUAACAUCCGUCAAGAGAUCAAGCAACAAAACGGUAUUCCGGAGAACGUUGUAUGUAAUCAGUGCAACACUCCAAAUGUUGUGCUAUGUGAUCCUCAGAACAAAUGCUGCAAUCGCGGUAGAUGCACAUUUCACGAAAUUCAUAAGCCACGAAAUUGUCCAAUAAAUAAUUUAUGCCAUGAAAUUCGUCAACAAAUUGCAAAACAACACCGUUUUUGCAAUCCAACCUGGAUAAACACGGAUGCCUCUAAGUGGUGCACAGAUCCCUGGCAUAUCGCAAAGUGUUUUCUCCCCAAAGAUGGGUACAAGGACGUCAACCAAGCAGAAGAUACCGACUUCAAUGGACUAGUAAAUGUCAUAUACAACUGCGAAUACUAUGAAUCGUAUUUCAAUAACGACCUGACGGAUAAGGAAAAUGUCUGCACGAAGGCCAGAGAGGUAGGGCGUACCGUGCGACAUAAGACCACGAUGUCCAUGACCAGCCAGGACAGUAACAGUGCCAUCGACACUCUUGUAGCGCUAUUGCAGAGCCUAAAACACGCCGAUCACCAAGCUGCGUCACGGACGACAGUAGACAAGUUAACUCAGCUUAAGAAUGGAACACUAGUUAUAACCGAUGAGGAUAUUGCUAUAACCUUUGAACACUUCAAAGAAACUUUGACAAGAGAAAUUAAAGACGUUCUUCAAGAAGAAAAAAAUUCACUUGUAAAUGUCAUGGCAGAUGCGUUAAAGAUUACAGGAAAAAACAUCACUGAAGAAAUCAUUCACACUGGAGAUGGUCAAAUUGAGAGGAUAAACAGUCAAAUUGAUAGGAUAGAAAGAACAGGUGAUGAAGUGAUGAAUAAGAUAGACAAUACGUUCACAAAAGCAAAAUCGUCAAAUGGGGAUGAGACUACACGGCCUACAGUUGAAAAUCGGAACUGUUUAUCAUCUAUUUGCAGGUCUCUUCGACUUUGCUGUGGCUGUCGUUUGACUGGCGAUGAACCUACAUCACUCUUAACAAGCGAACAUAUUAAUGUGACAAUAAAGUAUGAAAGAAACAGCGCUUUAAUCAAAAUACAAAAAUGGUUAAUCAAGCAAUACCAGUCCAUGUGUGUUGUGCCUAUUUCGAUGCUGGAUUCUGGCAUCGAUGUACCUUUAUCACGGAUAUACGUGACCCCGUCGAUCAGUGAAUUGAAGAGAGGCCAGAAUGGCGGGAGGAAAGCGUUGCCUUCCUCUUCAGGAGAUAGAGAUUUGAGUAGCUACAAGGAGCUACUGCAUCGUGAUGGAAAAGAGGUAAAUACAAUUUACAUUCAAGGUGAUCAGGGAUGCGGCAAAACAACGUUUUGUACAAAACUCGUUCUUGAUUGGUGUAAAGCCCAUUCGGAAACCAUGAGCAGUGCCACUACCAGCAAGGAAACAUCAAACAAAAUGACAUUCGAUGAUCUUGAUACUUUGCGAGACUACACAUUUCUGUUCUUUGUGUCAUUAGGUGAUUACAGUGGAGUCACGUGUGACGUUAGUCAGAUGGUUGAGGAUGCUAUAAAGCGUAACAGAUUAGAUUGGACAGACCGUAUUUGGGAACAUAAAUGUAUUGUUCUGACCGAUGCUGCUGACGAAUGGCAUCACCCUUCUCCGCCAUUUGACUCUGCUUGCAAGUGCCUAAAAGACCGAACAAUGCCACAGUAUUUGCAAAGACAAAACAUUACCAAUAUUGUAACCGCACAACCAUGGAAACUUGCCGAUGUCAACAUGAGCGAUACUUUAACGCGUUUGUGUAAAUUAUCCGGCGUUGUGGACUAUACAACUUUGUCGAAAAAUGUGGUAAGUGUUUUAGCUGAAAAAGACGGUAUUUCUCAAGAGGAUCAACAACACAAAUACAGUGAAUUCUUGAAAACAAUUACCACGAACAACAUUAAAAACCUUAUCAAAAUUCCAUCUAAUUGUGUGCAGUUAGUUCAUCAGUUUUAUGUUGGACGUUUAAUAGAAGAAUCACUGUGUGCGAUAUACACCAAUAUGCUAGAUAUGCACAUUACCCGAGGAUUGCAAAAACUUCAAAUUGAAAUUGACAGUGAGGAAAAUAAGAAUAAUGAAAUACCAUAUAUAUUAAGGAAAUACAUAACCGAGGAUCUGCAUAGUAAAAUGUCGCUGAUUUAUUCCGCAAGUAAGUUUGCGUUUAAAACUCUAACAGACACUAAUAGACAAGCAUCAUUUGUCUUUCCAGAAGACAUUAUCAAAAAGCACAUGACGGAAACAGAACGUACGUCCUUACUUAAAACAGGAAUAAUCACACAGAGAAAAUCUUUGGAACUUAGCACACGAAAAAAUGUUCCAUAUAUGUUUGUUCACAAAUCAAUCCAGGAAUAUCUAGCAUCAGUGUAUAUUGCAAUAAAUCCUGUAGAAAUGGAUGCAAACCUAAACGCGCUACAACUGGCGUUUAGUGAAAGCAGACCAAUUACGGACAUAGGUCAGUUAUUCAUCUUUACGUGCGGAAUGUGUCCAUCCGCGGCUGAAAAAAUAUCAAAGCACAUCAUGGAUGUAAUGACACGCGGCAUGGAAAGUACAUUGCUGGAUAAAUCAGUCCAGAACAAAUGUGCAUUUGACCAGUGUUAUGAGGCACAAUGUAUGAUACUGGAUGGCUUUAUGGAAAGUAAUGCAACUAAAACGCCGUUCUUACAAUUGUUCAUCAGUCAUAUCACAUGUGAACCUGCUCAGAUCAACGCAGACACACCGUUAAAUGCAUUACUAGAUAUGAACAUAGCAAACAUCGUUAGUCUUAAUGCAUCUAUCAUCUGCAGCAAAUAUACUUCACAGGAAAUAAUUUCACAAACCAGAUUACAGCAAAUAAUUUCCCAAUCGAGAAAAACACUUUUGUAUCUGAGUCUCGAAAACAAGGGUCAAAUUAAUUUACAGGAUCUAAAACUCAAGUACCUUGGCUGUGAGGGAGCGACCGAUUUAACUAAUGUAGAUUGCAGCAAUAUGGUUGAAUGUUCUUUAUCAGCAACACCAGUAACAGAAAAGUGCGUCUUCGACGCGAUGAAAGGCACUGGUAAAAACAUUAGACUUCUUCACAUUGACGUUUGUAAAUCCAUAGACCUUCUCUGUGAAGCUCUUCCACAUCUACCAAAUCUAAAUAUAUUUGAAUUAUUAAAUACGGCACUGGUUGAUACACAAUUGCAUGACCAUAUGCCUGAAUCAAUCAGGUGUGUAGAGUACCGCGCUGUAAUGGUUUCCGAGCAUGUUUUUAAGUCGAUGGUAAAAUGGUCAAAGACACGAGACGUACAAUGUACAUUAUUUUAUUGCAACAUCGCAUUUCCGGACGAGACAGACAUAAGUCACUGGAUAAAGGAGCAGGACGGAAUUAAUAUUAAAGAAAUACUAGGAACUGAAAACAAUCUUAAAAUUGUGUGGUGUAAUACUAAUAGUUUAAAGUGAAUAGAUAAAGUACUUCACAUGGCUGUGUAUGGGGUAUGAUAUGUAUUGUUUAUAUAACCUGGCGAAAUACAUACUACAUGUAGAAUAAGUUAAAGGUUGAAGGUUUAAUGAUAUUUUUAUAUUAUAAUGUUAUUAAUUAGUUGAAUUCAUAUUGGCUUUGUUAUUGAGCUGAAGACAGCCGUAUUGCGGCCUCAGGACAAUACGGCUGUCUGAAGCUCAAUAACAAAGCCAAUAUGAAUUCAACUAAUUAAUGACAAUUUUAUUAAUUUACUUUAUAAUAUUAUUCAGCAAGAAAGGCUUGAAUUUUACUUUUGAAUUACAGGUUUUUGCUAUUAAUUGAAGUAUGAAGUUUUGAAAAAUAGCAGAAUUUCUGUUCUAUAACUUUGUCUAACUUUUUACCUGUUUAUAUUCCCAUGCAAAAUGCUUUGAAAAUUUUAUGUACACCAAAAUACCUUUUAAGAGAUAUAUUGUUAAUUUAAAACGAAAAUUGAAUAUUGUUGCAAGAGGAAACAAAUGUUCCAUGCAUUUAAUAUCAGAAUAAUAAUUAUUAUUUCAUUAAUAUUGUAAUAUGAAGGCGAUUUUACUGCUAAAGCAUAGGAACAAUAGUAUGUAUACUUAGUAUAUGACGAAAGAUGCUUUCAAGACAUUACAUGAUGCAGGAACACAAUGUGACAAGUCGCGAAAUUAUGCAAAAUUUACCUGAAUAACAUUCCAGUCACACCGUAUCCACUACCGUUGUUUUUUUCAUACAACUCAGAAAGACAAUAAGGAUUGAAAACUUACUUAUUGCCAUCAGGAAUUGCAUUUAUAAUGUGUAAAUCCUCCAUGAUUUCGAGUUAGUUUUGAUGUCGGCGUUCAUUGUAGCUGUUGUUAUUUGGGUACCGUUGUUAUUUAUGCAAAAAUGCUCAAAUAUUGAACCUUACUGUUGUGGUUAAACUGCACUAUUGUUAUUGUCGAAAAAGGUAGCUGAACAGGGACGCUGAAUAUAUAAGGGGCUGAUUGCUUCAAGUAAACUGCAAUAUUAUAUUUUAACGAUUUAAACUUUUGCACCAAAACUAAGCAUACAACUUCAAAGAGGCGUCCAAAAUUGUCGAAAUUUUAGAUUCUCAUAUAAGGCCGAGUUUUUCCUGGUUUCUGAUUGGCUGAAUCUCGUAUUUGCCGACCUUUUUCCGUAUUUGCCGUGUUUUUUCCAUAUUGGCCGACUUUUUCUCGUAUAAGGCGAGUUUCGAGCUUUAUUGGCGAGGCUCGACUCGUAUGGGGCGAGCAAAUUGAACAAAUUCUCGUCUAAUAUUAUAAAGUUAAUUAAUAAGUCUGUGUAUUAGUCGCAACGAACACUGUCAAUACAACGUUUACAUCGUUGUCGAACAGUUGAAUAGGCAACGGACAUACGGUGAUGUCUGUAUUUUAUUUCUGUCUUAAUCUGCUUUUGAAAAAAUCCAUUCACAUUUUGCCAAUUUAAUUUCUAUUGCGAUAUUUGUGAUAUAGUUUCGUUACCACAAUACAUAUUAAUAUUACGAAUUUCAACAAGUCUCCAACAUGAACUUGAAGGUUAAACAGGGGUUUAAAUGUAUGCUGUUAAUACGUUCAUGCCACUAGAUGUACAUGUAUAUGGAUGCAUGCAUGUACUAGAAAUGGCUGCAUAUAUGUAAUACAGAUCCUUAAUCAUAAUAAGAAGUAUUAUUGACACAUGCUGUAAAGGCCGAAUGUGAGCAACAGUAAAACAAGUUAUUAGAUUUUCACUAUUAAUAAUUUAAUAUAAUUAUGUGUGCAUUUAAUAAUGAAUUAUCUUAUGCAUUUUAAUAUAUGUCAUGGUGUGUUUGGUUUCUUAUUUUGGAAACAAACGAGAAAUAUAGAAAUCAUGCUAAACCUGCAUCCGCACUUCAAGGUUUAUGUGUAGUUUAAAUGUAGUAUAUUAGUGAUUAUGUUUGUACUUAUUCAUUUCAUUCUAGCAAGAAAAUUCAUUUUAAAAACGAAUUUUGUUAAAAACGAAAGUAUAAUCAACAUCCGCAAUGAAAUCUUAAGCAUUAUUCCAGGUACACAGAAAGGUGAUAAAAAUAUCCGAUUACAUCAACAUUUACCCUAUUAAAACGUGUUAUGUAUUUCUACGUUUUAGUCCGGAUAUUUCGUGUUAGAUUUUGAUACCAUUACGCCAUUUUCUUUAAAUAUUUUUAUUUAAUGGAAUUGUGUACAACUAUCACAAUUAUGUAUGUUCGAUUACAAUAAAAUACUUGUGUGAUUUAGCCAGAAUGUUUCGCCUAUUUAUUUAUUUGUUUGCCAUGUGUUUUACCAAUAUUUAAUUCUACGUAAAUUUGACCUGUGUUGUGUGGAUGCGAUAUAGCUUUUUUGAUUGAACACGAAAACGCCUUUUUGUUAAAAGAAACUUAUAUUUUAUUAAUGGUGUAUUUCGGUUAUUGACAUUAAGUUCAUUAGAUAUGUUUAGUCAAGUAGAUUUUUUUAUUCAAGUUGAACUUAUGUUAAAUCUUGAUGUACGUUGAGUCCUGUUUGAUUCUGUUGAGUAAAGAUGGUAUUAUGGUUAGUCAAUUUAGAAUUGUGUUGAGUAAAAUUGACACAAUUAUAGGUUAAGAUGGUAUUAUGCUCAGUAAAUAUAACAUUGUUGAGUCGAAUUAUCAUUAUGUUGAAUUUAGUUCACAUAUUAUUGAGCCAAUUAUGCAUUAGGUUAGUUAGGUGGGCCAAUAAACUAGUUGGUGGAGUCAAGAUGCGAUUAUGCCGGGUUAAAUAGACAAUAUAUUGAGGCAUAUAAUUAUUGUGUUUAGCACAAAGCAUAAAACGUCUAGUUGUAUAAACUUUAAGUAAAGUCAAUGUAUUUUAAUGUUGCUUUCCACAAAUGAUACCUUCGACCAAUAAAAUGCAUUAUUCAGUGAUGUGGUUCUUAUGUUCAGUUCAUAUAAAAACUAAACGUUAGAAUUAUAGCAUAGUACAACACGUUAUAUUGACUGAAGUUUUAUAUAACGACAUUAUAGUAACGGUUAUGGUUUUAAAUGCAAACUAACUUGCCGAAUAAACAACUGACAUUUUACUAUGCAGAUCAACGGUUAUAUAUUCCUUAAUAUACCUGGUGUUUCUUUAAACAAGUUUCACCCAUCGCCUAAUUCAAGUUGAUGUUUCGACAAUCCUUGGUGUGUAUAUCGCAAACAAUGAUCCUUCUAUUAAUAACAAAAACACUCAACAUGUACACGUAUAACGUUUGAUAUAACCUUAUGCCGGAUUAACUCAAUUUAACCCAAAAGAAUGUGUACAUCAUACAUAUUUUACCCGAUCUGAUUCAAACUUUACUGAGCAUAUCGAAAACUGGACUGAACCAAAAACUUGACCCAAUGCAAUGUCAAAUUGAUUGAACAAAAUGCCAGUCUGUUCAAUAUAAUGCCAACAUUGACUAAACACUAUUUCAGCUAGACUAAACCUUGUAAUUACUUCAGCUGUAGGCUAAUUUUACUCAAUGUAGUGUUAACUUAAACUUAACCUUGAUUCAAUUUUAACGAAAAUUAUGCCAACAUAACUUAAUCAAACUGAUUUUUUACCCAAUUAAAUGCUUACUUGAUCCAAUCUAACGCCCAAAAAAUCUUAUAUUAACUUGACAAAAAAUAGAUGUACCGGUAGUACUCAACAUAAUGCAAUAUCGACUACACGUAAUCUCGUUUUAACUUAAAUUACUCAAUCAUGUGUUAUGUAAUCCAACAUAAAGCUGAAAGACUCAACCUAAUGUCAUCUUGACUUAAAAUAAUUCAUUUUCCAACAUUAUGAUUUUUGAAGCAAACAUUAUGUCAAAUUGACUCGACCAAGUGUAUAAUUGACUCAACCGAACUGCCAUCGAGACUCGACCGUAUCCUUUUUUGACUCCACGUUAUUCCAGUUGGGUCCAAAAUAAUGUCAUUUAUUUUGACUCCACGUUAUACCAGUUGGGUCCAAAAUAAUGCCUUCUUUACUCAACAUAACCUUGACAUGACCCGAUAUAUUGCCAUCUAACCAGGCAUAAAAGUUUCUCUCACACAGUGCAGUUUUUGCGUUUCAAACGUAUGAUUGUACAUAUCUGCAAUGUUGUCAUAUUUCUUUCUUUAAAGGUUGUUAGCAUGAAAGCUUGUUUUUGUUAUGAGAAUAACCUUUGUGUUAGCCUUUCGUCAACUAAACAUGUUAUACUUUUUUUGGUAAUUACGAUGCUAGUAUUAUUCUUUAGUAGCUUUAAUAAAUAUACAGAUUCCUAUUUUUAUAAUAACUGUACAAAGGCGUGUCCUCGAAACAAUUGCAUUAAAAGUUAGUAUUAAUAGCUGCCUCAAAAAAUACAAUUGUUUUAUGAUAAAUAUUUGAUUAACUUUUCUUGUGUUUGCAUACGUUUUUAUGUUAUGUCAGGGAGUUUACUAUUUCUUAAUUAAUACAUAGAAUAUGUUACCUAAAUAUCAAAUGUAAUUUAUUUCGGCUUCUUCAUGAGACAUGAAGUCGUGUUAAGAUAUUUAUUCUGGGCUUAGCGUGGAGAUAGGCCUCCCAUUUUACCAGUUAGCAAGCGUUUCCGUCCUAUCAUAUAUUUCAUAUAAUGUUAGCUAAUGGAAACAGUAAUUUGUAAUUAUUAUGUUUGUAAUUAUAUGUUUGUAGAGCGUGUGUGUAUUUUUAAAAGUUACGAGGUCCCUUCGUCUCUAACGUUGUAUAAUGUGACGACCAUGAGUGUGUCCCCGCGCUCGUACCUUAUUAAAACACAAUUUAACAGAAUUUUGAAUCAAAGUAAUAAUUUACAGGUUUUGAGUUUUUACUGAAAGAUCCUUAAUGUGCAAUUAAGAUAUGCACAAAGCAAAGGAUUGCAGAAACUUUAACUCGACGAAUUGACACUGACGGGAAAAGAUGUGAUACUUAAGAAAUAGUAAACUCCACUGAGGUCCCUAUGGCAUUAUAGUGACCAGCCAGGCAGCCACAAACCGUAUAUGGACCGAAGCCGUAGACCGAUGCCUAUAUUUGUUUUGGACCAAUCAAUAUUGAACGUUUACUCGAUCGUGUGUUAUUUUAAAACUAUAAAUGUAAGAGCGAUGCAACCGUUUUAAAAAAUGCAUCGACCUGUAAUUUUGUAAUCCUAAUAUAUUAAUGAAGUUCACAUGUGUGUUGUUGCUAGUUGUGUGUUAAAAUGAAUAAAUGUGUGCGGAUAUCAAGCUA